GAUUCAACAUCUUCUUCAUCAACACUCAUUAACAACUUGAAUUCCGUACAUCUUGAAAAGAUAUCGAUCCUGUGUGAUGGCUGAAUAAUCGCUUUGAUUUAGUUGAACAUAGGAUUUCCAGCAUUAACCGCCGCAACAUUCUUCCCAAUUUCUUUUCUAUUAUUAUUAUUAUUAUUAUUAUUUGUGUUCUCAGGAUAUGGGAAUUAAUGGACUUACCGGCUUAUUGAAACGACAUGCACCACAGUCACUUACACGAGUAUUAGCACAGCAAUUCCAAGGACAGACUUUAGCGAUUGAUGCCAGUUGUCCUUUGAAUCGGUUUAUUUAUGGCAGCCAAGACGAACCUCAUCCUUAUCGACAUAUACAUGGAUUUUAUCUUCUUGCCAAGUUUUGUGAUCGCCAUAAUAUCAAGCCAAUAUUUGUAUUUGAUGGGACUCAGCGGCUGGUGGCCAAACAAGAAUGGGAACAUCGACGACGACAAAGGGGACGCUACAAGAUUAAACAUUCAUUGGUGUUUGAACAAUCAAGAUCGGUACGCCUGGCAACUUGGUUGGCAACAACAGAAUCGCGAUGCUUAUCCAUGUUGACAUCAGAAUCUAUCGAACGACUUUUAAACCAACUUGGCACCACUAGGAUGGAACACGAGGUUGAUACACUGAAUCCUGGAUAUGUUCAGCAAGAACAGGAUGUGUUGGAAGCCAAAUGGACACAACUCGCUAAAGAACUAUAUGAUACCCGACAACGUGUGCAAGAUAAAGAAAAGUAUACAAAAACCGUGCGUGAUUUAUCCAAUCAAGAAUAUGAUUUGAUGUGCUCUAUGAUACGACAUCGAUUGGAUUCCGUCUUUGGCGAUCUUCAAGAACUGAAAUUACAAAAUGAACGAUUAUUGACCUCUUAUGGUAAACGGGCUCUACGGGUGACACAAGAAAUGAAGGAUCAAUGUCAGUUUUUUUUAUCUACAAUGGGAUAUACUUGUAUGACAUGCGAAAAUCAUGAAGCAGAAGCUAUGUGUGCUCGUUUAGUUGAAGAUGGUAAAGCCGACGCUAUCGUGUCUGAAGAUAUGGAUUCUGUUGUAUUUGGAGAUUCUCGGUUGUUACGAUAUUUUUUUGUCCAACAUCGACCUAUUCUAUGUGUGGAUCCAGUGGUGGCACGACAACAAAUGGGAUUAUCUAAGGCGGAAUUCUUGGACCUUUGUAUUUUAUGUGGUACUGAUUUUGGUUCAAAGAUACAUGGGGUUGGACCCAUCCGAGCAUUAGAAAUGAUUAAACAGUUUGGAUCUAUUGAACAGAUUCUUUAUCAUUUAGAUCCUCGAAAAUAUAUUCCAGAAGAAGGAUUCGAUUUUAGAUUAAUACGAAAGAUAUUUCAAGAAUUACCGGAUACCAUUUCUUUGGAUACCUUGCCAUCACCAACUGUCGAUUCUACAAAACUGGGAGAACUCUUACAAAAGUAUGAAAUUGAUGUGGAUGAAAUGGACCGUCAAUUGGAUAUGAUUAUACAACAACAAUAUCAUUCCGGAUACGAACAACAGCUCGAUCAAAAGCAACCUUUGACUGAUGAUAGUGGCACUAUUGGUGACAAUGGAUUUGGCAAUGAUCCUUUUCAACAACGUCAUCCUAUGUUACACCUUGUGUAGUUCUGAAUAGUAUAGAAUCACUACCCUCCUUUCUUCUUUCUCUAUAUCCUUUCCUUGCUUUAAUUCGAUAACUCUCCCUUUACAUUACUUCUUUUUAUUUAUUUUAUUUUAUUUUAUUUUAUUUUAUUUGUAUAUACGAAAAUAAAGACGGUGCAUUUUAUUUAUAUUCA